UGUGGUGUCACAGGGGGAGCGUUGCUAACCAGACGAAGUGAUACAACAGGUGAUUAACAAAUGUAAAGACAAGAGGCCUUAACAGCAAUACUCAUCAUAAUAAUGCACAGACAUGGCUCUGUUGGAACUGUACACUGAGUUCAACAGAGUGUGGAUUCCAGAUGCAGAACAUGUGUGGAAAUCAGCAGAGAUAGUGAGAGAUUUUUAUUCUGGAGAUAAAGUUCUGGAGUUGCUUCUUGAAGAUGGAACAAAGCACCACCACCCUGUCGACCCGUCCACUCCAUGCCUCCCUCCUCUCAGAAACCCAGACAUCUUGGUGGGGGAGAAUGACCUCACCGCUCUCAGUUACCUCCACGAACCUGCAGUUCUGCACAACCUCAAAGUGCGAUUUGUGGAAUCCAGAAUCAUCUACACCUACUGCGGUAUUAUACUGGUGGCAGUAAAUCCCUACAAACAGCUCCCUAUCUACGGAGAUGCAAUCAUUCAUGCCUACUCAGGCCAGAACAUGGGAGACAUGGACCCUCAUAUAUUUGCUGUGGCAGAGGAGGCUUACAAACAGAUGGCCAGAAACCACAAGAACCAGUCUAUUAUCGUCAGCGGUGAGUCUGGAGCUGGUAAAACUGUGUCUGCUCGUUAUGCUAUGAGAUAUUUUGCCAUUGUCAGCAAAUCUGGCAGCAAAACUCGAGUUGAAGACAAAGUCCUUGCGUCUAAUCCAGUAACAGAGGCAAUAGGAAAUGCAAAGACCACCAGGAAUGACAACAGCAGCCGAUUUGGGAAAUACACGGAGAUCAGCUUUGACAGGAGGUACCGCAUCAUUGGAGCAAACAUGAGGACCUACCUCCUGGAGAAAUCCAGAGUUGUUUUUCAGGCCGACAACGAGCGGAAUUAUCACAUAUUUUACCAGAUGUGCUCCUGUGCUCAGCUGCCAGAGUUCAAGAGCCUGAGACUGUUGAGUGCAGAUAACUUCCGUUACACGUGCAUGGGUGGUGACAUCACUAUUGAAGGUGUAGAUGACAAGAAAGACAUGGAGGAGACUCGACGGACCUUCUCCCUGCUGGGUUUAAAGGAAGACUUUCAGUCAGACGUGUUCAAAGUGUUGGCAGCCAUUCUGCAUUUGGGGAACCUGGAGAUCAGGGACUCAGGAAAGGACAAAUCGUCAGUUAGUCUCAGUGAUCCACACCUGGCAGUGUUCUGUGAGUUACUGGGUGUAAGUGUGGAGGGGUUGGUGCGCUGGCUGUGCCAUCGGAGGAUCGUUCUGGUGGCUGAGACGGUGGUGAAACCAGUGCCCAAGAAGCGGGCAGUGAAUGCCAGAGACGCCCUCGCCAAGCACAUCUACGCACAUCUUUUUGACUGUAUAAUUAACAGAAUAAAUACAGCACUGCAGGUCCCUGGAAAACCACAUGCUUUUAUAGGCGUUCUGGACAUUUAUGGCUUUGAAACAUUUGACGUCAACAGCUUUGAACAGUUUUGCAUCAACUAUGCAAAUGAAAAGCUUCAGCAGCAGUUUAACUUGCACGUGUUCAAGCUGGAGCAGGAGGAGUACAUGAAAGAGGACAUCCCAUGGACGCUGAUUGAUUUCUAUGACAACCAGCUUGUCAUUGACCUGAUCGAAGCAAAGAUGGGGAUCCUUGACUUGCUUGAUGAAGAAUGUUUGUUUCCUCAGGGCACUGACCAAACCUGGCUGAUGAAAUUGCACAACUACCUGGACAACAAUCCUCUGUUUGAGAAGCCCAGGUUAUCAAAAGAGGCUUUUGUAAUACAACACUUUGCAGACAAGGUGGAGUAUCAGUGCAGAGGUUUUCUUGAAAAGAACAGAGACACUCUCUAUGAAGAACUAGUGGAUAUAAUGAGAGCCAGUAAGUUUCCUUUUCUGGCCCAUUUUUUCCAAGAGGAGGAGCAAAACACUGCCAACAGUAAAGGCAUCAAAGUCAGGCCUGCCAGGCCUGGACUGAAACCAGCCAAUAAACAGCUGAGAGCGUCUGUGGGAGAUAAGUUUUCCAGCUCCCUGUCCUUACUAAUGGAGACACUGAACGCUACCACCCCACACUAUGUGCGAUGCAUCAAGCCAAACGAUGAAAAACUCCCAUUUGAAUACGACUCCAGGAGGGUCGUGCAGCAGCUGCGAGCCUGUGGCGUCCUUGAAACUAUCCGUGUCAGUGCACAGAGCUAUCCGUCCAGAUGGACAUACAUUGAGUUUUACAGCCGAUACAGUAUCCUAAUGUCACACCAGGAGGCGGACCUCAGGGACAAGAAACAGACCUGCAAAAAUGUGCUGCAGAGGUUGAUUCAGGACCCCAACCAGUACAAGUUUGGUCGCACAAAGAUCUUCUUCCGAGCCGGUCAGGUGGCUUAUCUAGAGAAGCUGCGUCUGGACCGACUUCGAGGAGCCAGCGUUACCAUCCAGAAACACGUCCGUGGGUGGAGCCAGAGGAGGAAGUACCUGCGCAUGAGAGAGGCGGCCAUCAUCCUCCAACAGUACAUCCGUGGAAAGAAGACGAUUCGUAAAAUGGUGAGUGCUGCAACUCUGAAGCAGGGAUGGGCUUCAAUGGUGAUCCAGAGACACUGGAGAGGAUACCGCACACGACAGAUCUACCAGUUAGUCCGUCUGGCCUCUGUCACCAUCCAGGCCUUCACACGAGGCUGGAUGGCCCGGAAACGGUACAAGAAGAUGGUAGAAGAGAACAAAGCCCUGAUUCUCCAGAAGUACGCCAGAGCGUGGCUGGCUCGACGGCGAUUCCAAACCAUGCGCAGGCUGGUGCUGAAUGUUCAGCUUUCAUUCAGAGUGCAGCAGCUCAGAAAGAAGAUUGAAGAGCAGAAUAAAGAGAACCGUGGGUUGAUGGAGAGACUGACCUGCUUGGCCAACACUCACUCUCAGACUGUGGACAGACUUCAGGGUGUGGAGGCGCAGCUGCAAAAAUCAACCAGCCAGAAGGCGUCUGUGGAGGCAAGAGAGAAGAAAGUGAAAGAAAAUGCUACUCAGACAAUUGCACAACUUCAAAAGGAGAUAAAUGUUCUAACCCUUGAAAAACAGAACUUGGACAAAAAGUUUGAAGCUUCCACCACAGAGGCCAAAGAGAACUUUGAUGUGAUAAAAAGAAAUCUGCUUGACGAAAAAGAAACUGAAGCAAGGCUAAGAAAGAUUGCAGAGAACAACAUGGAGAUCCAGAGACAGGACCAUGAGAAGGAGGUGGAAGCUCUGAAAGAGGAGAUCAAGAGACUGAAGGAGGAGAGAGUCACUCUGCACAGAAAGGUCGAGGAGGAAGGCCAGGUGAACUCCGACCUGCAGGAACAGGUCCUCCAGCUCACCAAGCACGUCAAGACCAUUCCUGAGCUGCGCAGAGAUCUGAACAACCUGCAGAACCAGAGAAAUAACGUGGACCGGAAGAUGAAGCAGCAGUCGGAACAAGCAAGAGCCAAAAUGAACGAGAUUACAAGACAACUUCUUGGUGGUGUUGUUGAAGAAGAGGUUCUUUUGGGGCUGACUCCAAAUGACUCUGAGAAGAUUUAUGAGGUUGAAGAUUUGCUGGCAGCUUUUGAAGGACUGCAGAAAGCUACCAGAAUACUGGAAACCCACCAGAGAGAGCAGAAGGAGAGCUAUGAGACCCAGCUUGAGGGCCUGCAGUUGAAAGUGGACCACCUUCAAAAUGAGAACAGCAAGCUUCAAAACCUGUUCCAGGAGAAAAGCAACAUCAAUGAGAACAUUCGCCAAGAAGUGUCCAGACUCAGCAGCGAGAACUCGGUUCUACCAGAGCUGAAGCUGCAGGUGUCAGAGCUGCAGAGACAUAAACAGGAACUGGAGGUCCAUGCAAAGGAGCUGAACAGAGAGUUAGAAGAAAAAACUGAGGAGAUCACCAACACUCUUCAAACAAAAAUUAAAGAAGAGAGUUUACAGCGCAGACACUUUGAGGAGAAAGCUGAGGCGCUGGAGGAGUUGAAGAGGCAGCUUCAAGGCCGAGUGGAGGAUCUGGAAGAGGAGAACGAUCACUUGAGGAGACAGCAGCUGAUGGAGAGUGAGGCCAAGAGUAAACUGAGAGAGGAGACUUCACAGUUAACUGCUGAGAACAUGGACUUUGAAGAGCAGCUCGACCAGAGAGACAGAUUAAUAAAGAAACUCCAGAAUCAAAUCAACAGCUUUGAGUCAUCACAGAAAGCCAAGCAAACUUCUGCUCCGGCAAUGCCUAAAGAUUACCUCGGCAUGUUGGAAUACAAGAGGGAGGACGAACCCAGGCUCAUCCAGAACAUCAUCCUGGACCUGAAGCCCAAGGGUGUGGUGGUCAACAUGAUCCCGGGUCUGCCAGCCUACAUCCUCUUCAUGUGCGUCCGCUUCGCUGACUACCUGAAUGACGAAACCAAACUCAAGUCUCUUAUGAAUGCAACCAUCUGUGCUAUCAAAAAGAUCAUCAUGGAUCACCCUAAAGACUUUGAGUUGCUCUCCUUCUGGCUCUCUAACACAUGUCAGCUGCUCAACUGUCUGAAGCAGUACAGCGGGGAGGAGGAGUUCAUGAAACAAAAUACUCCCCACCAGAAGAAGAACUGUCUGCAGAAUUUUGAUUUGUCAGAGCACAGACAGAUUCUCAGCGACCUGGCCAUCCACAUCUACCAUCAGUUUAUCACGGUUAUGGAAAAGAGCAUCACUCCUGGGAUUGUACCUGGUAUGUUGGAGCACGAGAGUUUACAAGGGAUUUCUAGUAUGAAGCCGACGGGCUUCAGAAAACGUUCCAACAGCAUCUACGAGGACUCAGAGACCUACAGCAUCUCCUCCAUCAUUCAGCAGCUCAGUGUCUUCCAUUCCACCAUGAACCAGCAUGGCAUGGAGCAGGGCCUCAUCAAACAAGCCGUCAAACAACUGUUCUACCAAGUGGGGGCCACCACACUCAACAACAUCAUGCUCCGCAAAGACAUGUGCUCCUGCAGGAAGGGAAUGCAAAUCAGGUGUAACAUCAGUUACCUGGAGGAGUGGCUGAAGGAGAAGGAACUUCAGAGCUCUAAUGCUAUAGAUACUCUGAGGCCGUUGUCUCAAGCCGCCUGGCUGCUGCAAGUCAACAAGUCAACGGACGAUGACGCCAAGGAGAUCACUGAAAAAUGCACUGAACUCAACCCUGUUCAGAUUGUCAAGAUUUUGAAUUCAUACACACCUAUAGAUGAUUUUGAGAAAAGAGUGUCAUCAUCCUUUGUCCGCAAAGUUCAGUCAUUGGUGCAAGAUCGUGCUGGCUCCACACAGCUGAUGCUGGACACGGAUUAUCGUUUCCAGGUCACGUUUCCUUUCUGCCCAUCCCUGCAGGCUCUGGAGCUCCUGCAGGUCCCAAACAGUCUCCGUCUGGGCUUUCUGACCCGGAUCUGACCCAGCGGACCUCUGACCUUUCCCUCCAUAUGACUGAUUCAUAAUCUACCGGCCUGUGGCUGCAUGUUAAUGUGUAUAUUAAUAUAUAAACACUUUUAAUAAACAAUUCACACCCCAUAUUAAAAAUGUUGGGCCAUAGGUGGGAUUUAAGAAAGAAAGACUGAGGUCAUGUCAAUCCCCUCUGAACUACUUUUUCUGUUUAUUCCAUCCAUCUGUCAUCUAUACCACUUAUUCUUUGAGGGUCACAUGGAGAGCUGGAGCCAAUCCCAGCUGACAUAGGCCGAAAUGCGGGGUAUAAGAGUAUAGAGUCUGCAAUUAUCUUAAACCCUUCUACAUGUCUUUGGACUGUGCAGCUGGAGUACCUGGAGAAAACUCACCCAGAAACAGGGACAAUGUGCAACAUACAAUAUCACAUACUUUUGUCAGUUUAUAGAAAAAUAUUUUUUUCAAAUUUAUUGGAACUACAUGGAAUAGUCGAAUUAUCAAUUAGGUCAAGAGAAAGAGAAAAUGUAUGGUAAUGGUUAAUAGACUAUGCUUAUACAUCAGUUUAGACUCUCUAUUGUCAAGAAAUUUUAGAUUAUCAAAGUAAAUAAUGGGCAGUUUAAUCUAUAGUGGAAAUAAUAGUUGGGGCUGCAAAUUAAAUUUACCAAUUAUUUUCUGUCCCCUUGAAAGUAGUCAAAUUUGAGUCUAAUAAAUGUAAUGUAAUGUAAAUGUAUUUCCCAGGUUGCUCAAUCUCCUAAAUUCCACCGGAAAAAAUGACAUGACCUCAUUGUGCUAAAUUGUAGCUAUGGCUCUAUUAAAAUGU